GUUACAGUAAGUUUUUAUGAUUAUUACAAUUACGAUUAUUUUUAUAUAGAGAUAUACUGAGGUACACUAUGCCUGAUGCCACUCUCUCUUUCUUUGUCUCUGUGUGUUUUUGGAUGCUUGUUCUGCACUGAUCUCUGACUGUUUGACCUGUGGGCUUCUGGUCUGCUGUGUUUGAGUUGUUUUCAAUCCUGUGAGCUCCUCUGUGUUUGUUUCUGUCUGUCAGGUCAGUUUCUGUUGGAAGAGUAUUGUCUGGGAGAGGCAGCAGUGAUGGCUCAGAAAGCUGCAGAGCUGGACAGUUCUGAGUCUGAUGUGUUGUUCAGCGCUGCUCAUAUGCUCAGACAGGCCAGUCUGAAUGAGGCAGUUGAAAGGUAUUAUGGGAAGGCAGCAGAUUUAAGACCUGAUCAUCCAGCAGCUCUGAUGAAUCUCGGGGUGAUCCUCCAUCUUAAUGGGAAGCUGAAGGAAGCUGAGAGCAACUACCUCCGAGUGCUGCAGCUCAAACCAGACCUCAUCACUCAGUCCAACCUCCACAAACUCUGGAAUGUCAUGCAGAAACAGGGUUUACGAGCCUCUGGGACGUGAUCUGCUGCUGGUACAUCUGCUGAUUAUUUCAUCUGUGGACGUCUGAUCUGAUUUUGAGCUGGAAUUUUCUGCUGAUUCAGUGCUUAUGGACCGAUGUUGGUGGAACUGGUUAACACUUGAACUAGUCUGUAGGUAGAGAAUGAAGACGGAGCCUCUGUGAAGUUCUGCUUUGGAGAGUCUUAAAAGUGUAAAAGAAUAGUAAAGUGCGCAAACACA